GAAGAGACACCUGAGUUUGAACUGCGAGGAACUGAGCAGCAGCAGCAGCAGAGUCGUCUGUCGGACCAACAAGCUUCACGUCUCUGACAAUUAAACUGUUACUUAUUGUUUUCUUCAUCAUCAUCAUCAUCAUCAUCAUCACCGCAUUCAGCUUCCUGUCUCCUGCUGUCUCUACGUUCUGAUUGGCUGAGGUGAUGAACACCUGUGACACAACAGUGGGCGGAGCUUCUGGAGAGGACGAGACGGCUUUCCAGGUGUUUGAAGACUCUGUGGAGCGUUUUACGAAACGUUCCAGGCUUCUCCCGUCCAUCGUGGUGGAGCCAACAGACGGAGGAGAGGUGGAGAGCGGAGAGCUCCGCUGGCCUCCUGAUGAUGUCAGCAGUGACGUCAGAGAGGGCCACGCCCAGGUGACAGGUUCAAGUGUACCUGUUGAGGAGGCGGAGCCACAGGAGAAAGUGAUGGGCGGAGUUUAAAAUCUCUGACUGACGUGGCUUCUUUAUUCUCAGCCAAUCAGUGUGAGGAUCUCUGUGAUGAAGGGAGGGGCGGGGCCAACGCACCUGUAGCCCCACCUCCAGGCCAGGGGGCGGAGUCAGAUCAGGACAGACUGAGCGAAUAAAAGAGGAGAAAAGACGAGAAGAUCCCAACGUGAAAAUACAUUUUAAAAAGUUUGGAGUCUGGAGGGUCGACAGGCCGCAGAGGAUUCUGGGACGACGACAUGCAAAACUUAAAAAUCUGAAUUCAAAUGUGAAACGUGAUGAAACUGAAGCGACAGACUUUAACUCGUCUGAUCGAUCAGCUGCUUUUAUAAACGUGUUUGCAUGAAUGUUACUGAUCAGAAUGAAGCUGAUGGGAAAUACUUGUUAAAGACCCUGAAAACUUGUCAAUAAAAAAACUAAAUUUCAA